GAUCGGACUGCAUUGUGGGACCAUUGUUCCUCGGCCUCCCUAGGUGGCAGGAGGACCAGGCCAAUGGCUGCUGCUCACGAUGUGGAGAUGGAGAGUGUGAAUCUGAACAUGGAGACAGGGGAAAAGGGAGAGCUGGAGGAGGAGACCAUGAAAGAGAACAGGGAAGGGAAAGACUUCCCCAGGAGCAGAAAGGUCCACAGGAUUGUCUCAAAGUGGAUGCUUCCGGAGCCGGUCCGAAGAACAUACUUGGAGAGAGCCAACUGCCUCCCGCCACCACUGUUCAUCAUCUCCAUCAGCCUGGCUGAGCUGGCUGUGUUUAUUUAUUAUGCUGUGUGGAAACCUCAGAAGCAGUGGAUCACUCUGGAUACCGGGAUCUUGGAAAGUCCCUUCACUUACCGCCCUGACAAGAGGGAAGAAGCCUGGAGGUUUAUCUCAUACAUGCUGGUCCACGCUGGAGUCCAGCACAUCGUGGGGAAUCUUUUUAUGCAGCUCGUUCUGGGUAUUCCCUUGGAAAUGGUCCACAAAGGCCUCCGAGUGGGGCUGGUGUACCUGGCAGGAGUGCUUGCAGGUUCCCUUGCCAGCUCCAUUUUUGAUCCCCUUAAGUCUCUUGUGGGUGCCUCAGGAGGAGUUUACGCAUUGAUGGGAGGCUAUUUUAUGAAUGUGAUAGUGAAUUUUCGAGAAAUGAUUCCUGCCUUUGGAAUUGUCAGACUACUUGUCAUUAUCUUGAUAGUUGCAUCAGACAUGGGAUUUGCCCUUUACCGAAGGUUCUUUGUUCCUGCAAAUGGGUCUCCGGUGUCCUUUGCGGCUCACAUCGCAGGUGGAUUUGCUGGGAUGUCCAUAGGUUACACUGUGUUCAGCUGCUUUGACAAGACGCUGCUCAAAGAUCCCAGGUUCUGGAUUGCAAUUGCUGCAUAUGUAGCUUGUCUCUUAUUUGCUGUGCUUUUUAACAUCUUCCUGUCCCCAGCAAACUGACUCCCUCUAUAUAAGCCAGUUAAUAAAAGUGCCACAUGGGGAGGGAUGCGAAACUUUGUGAAGAACCACAGACAUCCCAGCAUAUGCUAAGAAUCUUAUAAAGAAGAUGGGACAGCACCCAAUGCAUCACUUCUGAGAGGAGCUUCCAAUGGGAAGGAAGAAGAAAAGUCAGGAUCCGAAGGC